AUGGCCAACAUCAUCCCGUGGAACCAAGUCGCGAGGAGCGUCUCUGCCGCGCUCAGAAGACAGCUCGCGGCCGUGCGUGAGCUAACGGCACGCGUCGUCGACCAGGCGAUGAUGGUCGAGCUGCGCGAUGUGGACAUCGCCGACCUGGUGGGCGCGCUUCGGCGGCAGAGAUGGUGGGAUGGGGUGUUGCUGGCGGAGAAUGCGCGGUUGAGAGCAGAGAACGCGCAGUUGCGCCGCCAGGUGGAGCAGCAGCAGCACGGCCGACGCCGCCCAGUCCUCAACCACGACCACCGCUUCCCAGGCCGCAACAACAUGCUCCGAGCCUACCACCUCAACGAAGUCGACGACCGGUACCCCAGCCUCAACGCCUACAAUUACGCUCGUGGUAGUGGGCCCGAGCGGUAUCGAUACAAUCAGCUGCAGUUCUUGGGAAUGAACCAGGGGCGGAACUUCUACCCUGGUGGGGGCUGGUUUGGAUACUAG